CUUCAAAUUAUAAAUAUCACCUUCUUUUUCUUUUCUUUUAUUCAUUAUUUCUGUGGUCCUACUUUAAAAAAAAAAUGGCAUCGCUUGGUAAGAAGAACUUACUAGCUAUCAUCUUGGCCGGAAUUCUCGUCAGUCUCCUGCCGGAAUUCAUCUCCGGUCAGAACUGUGGCUGCGCGCCGGAUCUCUGUUGUAGCCAGUAUGGGUACUGCGGCACCGGCGAUGAAUACUGUGGGAACGGUUGUAGGGAAGGCCCAUGCAGCGGGUCGUCCGGCGGCAAUGGUGCGUCUGUCGCCGACAUCGUGACGCAGACGUUCUUCGACGGGAUCAUGAAUCAGGGCAACGGCGACUGCCCCGGCAAGAGCUUCUACACUCGUGCAGCUUUCAACGAUGCCGUCGGAUCGUAUACUGGAUUCGGCACGACCGGAACAUCGGACGACUCGAAGAGGGAGAUUGCUGCUUUCUUCGCACACGUUACCCAUGAGACUGGAUUUCUAUGCAAAAUAGAAGAGGAGGGUGGUGCAACGAAGGACUACUGCCAGAAGGACAACACUCAGUAUCCUUGUGUCCCUGGCAAGGCCUACUACGGUCGUGGCCCGAUCCAACUGUCGUGGAACUACAACUACGGGGCCGCUGGAAAUAGCAUCCGAUUCGACGGCCUAAAUGCUCCAGAAACUGUGGCCACAGAUGUGACGGUGUCUUUCAAGUCAGCCUUGUGGUUCUGGAUGACCAAUGUCCACUCCGUCAUUGGCCAAGGCUUUGGUGCUACGAUUAGAGCGAUUAACGGUGAUAUCGAGUGCGAUGGCAAGAGGCUCGAUCUUGUGAAUGCACGAGUUGGGUACUACACAAACUACUGUAACCAGUUUGGUGUGUCACCAGGCGACAAUCUCACUUGCUAGAGAUCGUUGAUUCCUCGUUUCUAUUUCUAGAUUGCUCGAUGCAUGCCGUAAAAAUAAAUGAAAAUGUGGGCUAAGUCCCGCAGAUAUCGUUUGUAACA